AUGGCGUACCUAGUCCGAAGUCCCUCGUCUGAUAUAUUUAAACGUGCCAAUACAUUGCGAGGAGGCUAUCUGUUUGCUGGACCUAAAAGCCCGUUCCUUCACAAAAACGCUGAACCGUGUAAUGAAGAAACUAGACAAGGGCGAAACUUCGGUGGAAAAAUCGAUUCCUCGCUUGCUGAUCAAGCAGAAACACGAACAGAGUUUAUAUUCGCCAGACUUCCUGGGGAAUCCGGGGAUAGCGAAUUGCAUCAGCUUCCGUUCACACGAUUUACAAUUAAAAAGGACAGCGCCAAUGAUGAAGUGGAUUCAUCAGUAGCGCGUUCCGUAUCGACAAAGCCUAACCAGACACCACAAGAGUCUGCUGUUACGAUGGAGGAGAGAUUGCAGCAGUUUUCGCAAAAGCUUGAUGAUCUCAACUCUUCCAUUGCCAUGUUGUCCGGCUCUAUGCAAACACAGCGUUGUCCUCUCACUCCUGUCAGACAAACCCCGACUCCUAUCAAUGGAAAAAGUGGCAAAAGGCGAUCCCCUACGAUUGUUGCUCCCGAUUACGAAUUCAUGAAUCGCCUGGACGAAACUAUUGACCGAGUUCUUCGGCGCAUUAACAAAGACAAAGAAGUCCAGACUAUAAAAGAAAUGGACACUCUGUACAAUGUUCAGCUGUACGAAACCUUGUCAAGCACACGAGAUGAAUUACCGAGUGCACCAUCUAACCCGACGAUCGCACCUGUAUCCACACCCAUACAUCGAGGAGGGCAUUUUGGCCUCCCCCCAAAUUCAUGUGAACCCGUAAACAAGAAGCGAAAGUUAAACAAGCCAUUUCCUUUUUCUUAUUUCUCCGCGAACGUUGACAUGGAUCACUGUCUGUAA